AGACCAAUCCCCAACAACGUAUCAUCACUCCCGCUGACGGCUGACCCCAGAACCCUAACUAACCUCGCCACCAUGGCUUCCUCCCUCCUCCGCUCCGGCCACCGCUUCCUCCUCCGCCACCACGGCCGCCUCCCGGCGCCUGCAGCCUUCUCCACCGCCGCAGCCGAGGAGAUCAUCGACGUCCGCAAGCUCCCCACCAACUACGACCCCGCCACCUUCGACCCCUCCGCCCCGCCGUCCCGCGCCCCUCCCUCCGACCGCGUCUGGCGCCUCGUCGAGGACGUCUCCGCCCUCACCCUCGCAGAGGCCGCCGAGCUCUCCUCCCUCCUCCUCCGCCGCCUCGACAUCCCCUCCGCCCCGCCCAUCGCCAUCCUCAACUCCGCCGCGGGCCUCGGCGGCGGCAGUGGCGGCGGCGCUACGGCCGCUGGCCCGGCCGGCGAUAAGGCGGCGGCCGCGGCCGAGAAGACGGUGUUCGAGCUGCGGCUGGAGGGCUUCGACGCGGCGAGCAAGAUCAAGGUGAUCAAGGAGAUCCGGACGUUCACGGACCUUGGGCUCAAGGAGGCCAAGGAGCUGGUGGAGAAGGCGCCCGCGGUCAUCAAGGGCGGCUUGGCCAAGGAGGAAGCCCAGGCGAUCGUCGAGCGGAUGAAGGCCAUUGGCGCCAAGGUCGUCAUGGACUGAUCGGCCCUUGGCCCCAGAGGUACUAUCGAAUGUCUUAACCAUAUGGGUGCAAAGCAGUUUGGGACUGCCAUUGUAAUUGAACUAAAGAAGCCUCCAAGGUCUUCAAAUUUCUGUAUGCACCACUUGAAGCCUUUAAGUCUCAUAGGUCCUCAAAAUGCUGGGUGCCCCAUUGAUGCAAUGAUGCAUUUUCUUCUAUUUUAUUGAUAAAUUUUCUGUCUUUUAACACGAAAUGUGGAAUAAAUCAUUAUUGGAAAAUGAGGUCAAUGACACACAGAGAAAUUGUUCCAGUUGGUUUAUGCCUAAUCUUAUUAUGAUGGCUACAAGUGAGCUACGCAUAUGCUCGAGUCUCAGGCCUGUUUUUCUUUUUCUGGACUCAUUUGAUUCUUUGCCAUCACUGUGUGGUGUUUUGGACGAUGUACUGCAGUCCUGUAACUCUAUGAUCCAAUAUCAUCCUGAUUCAUUUUGUA